AAAAAAAAAACCAUUAAUUGAUUAUCUGGUUGAUUAUACCUGAGUUCCACGAAAGUCUGUCCGAAGACUUGUUGAGUGAAAGACCCGGCUUCCAUGAAACUGCAAACACUUCCAACCGAACGCGUUUCUGAACUAUGAAUAUAGUCUCCAACUCUCAACUCUCAACAAUAUAGCAUAUUUGUCUUUCUCUUUUAUGUUGAAUAACUUUUUCUUCUGUUCCGUAUGGAUCACGCUUUCCAAGCACUAGCAGUAGCUGCCUGCAUAUUAGUCGUCUUCUUUCUAAUCGGGAUCAUUACUUUCUGGGCGAUCCGGUGUCGAAAACCCAAGAUAACCCAACUCGUAUCCACAACAACCCAGCUACCCUCCAUCACCACCGUCGAUCAGAGCGCUUGCUUCGACCCCAACCUCAAAUUCUCCAUGACUGAGCUGAGGGCGGCCACCAAAAACUUCUCCCCAGAGUUUAUCAUCGGCGGUGGCAGCUUCGGAACCGUCUACAAGGCCCAGCUCUCCAACGGCGUCACCGUGGCCAUCAAGAGACUCAACCCAGACGCUUUCAAAGGCUUUAGGGAGUUUUGGGCGGAGAUGGUGACACUGGGUAUGCUCCACCACCCAAAUAUCGCUAAGAUUUUCGGCUAUUGCAUGAGCGGCUCCGACAGGCUCCUCAUAUACGAGUUUUUUCAGAAUGGCAGUUUGGACCGUUGGUUUCACUUGGAACCCACGUUAACGUUAUCUUGGGGGACCCGGAUUCAGAUUGUCAAGGGUGUGGCUAAUGGCCUCUCUUUUAUGCAUAGUUUGGACAAGCCCAUUGCUCAUCAGAAUAUUCAGUCCCGCAAUGUGUUCUUGGACUCCUAUUUUCAGGCCCAUAUUACUGAUUUCGGUCUAGCAAGGGGGAUUGACAACUCCACUUCUUAUGCGUCCACACAAUCUGCGGAUACAAUGGGUUACUGUUACAUGCCACCUGAGUACAAGGAAGGCCUCACUUCAGCUACACUUGAGGCUGAUGUUUACAGUUUUGGGAUCUUAAUGUUCGAGAUUGCUACUGGACAGCGCCCCAAUUUGCCAACCCUUUUGGACGGGAAAGAGGUUGGGAUAGUCGAAUGGGCCAGGAAAAUGCUGGCCCAAGAUAAGCAUAUGCAAAUGGUGGAUACUAUUUUGAGGGAUGAUGGCCUAAUAGAGGCCCAUGUGAAAGAGUAUUUUGAAAUUGCAAAAAUGUGUGCUAGUGAGUUACGAAGAGAAAGGCCAACUAUGGCUAUGGUUUUUCAAUUGCUAAAUCCAAUUCCUGCGUGAAUUUGCAUUGCAUUUUCUAGAUUGUUUUUUUUGAAGAAUAUUUUAAAUGUUCUAGACUGUUUGUUGAAGAAUAAAUUAAAUAGAUUGUAUGCGCA